AUGUCUUUGUUUUCAAUCCUGGCAACACGCUUAAGACAAGAGCAUUGUUGUCCCUUUGGAUGCGGAAGAGUUACUGGGCAACGCAUUGCGGUGUUAUGCGUCGUGCGUUAUGCCUCAACCGUCCUCUAUACGAAGACUCGAACGACAAGUCGAACUCUGUCAUUCUCACACCACACCCCUGGACACGACUUGCAUACUCACACCGAAGGAAACCCCACAACCAGUACGGCCGCCACUAAUACCACUGCUCCAUCGACUGCUCCAUCGACGACCCAAGCACCUUUCCGCCUACUCAAUCUCCCGCCCGAGCUCCGCGAACGCGUUUACGCUUACGCACUCGACCAUCCGAGUCAACGGGCUGCCGACAUUCGAUACUCAGCACUCACACGUGUCUCCCGGCAAGUCAGAGGAGAGGCCCUCCCUGUCUUCUUUGCCGAAUCCAACUUCAUCAUCGAUGUUGGUACCAACUUCUCGCUGCUCCAGUCGAUCUUCAACCUCCGAGAAUUCCUGCACCGAUGGAGGGAGCUCUCAGGCGUCCCAAUCCUCAAGCCGGCUGGCAAGCGUUUGUUCAAGGACCAGCGCAACUCUGCCAUCUUCCGCGACGUCUCUGUCCAUGUGCAUUCUGCCGUCAAAGUCAUGAUUGACUGGUACAAGCCGGAGAACGGCAUCGAGGAGGCUCUUUAG